AUGCACAGUCCUGGCAUUCGCGGCUUGGCGGUGGCUCUUUGGGGCCUUUUGAAUGGCAGAACGCUUGCACCUGCUGCUGCCCUCCUUGUGGUGGGGUUCUCGGAGACGCUCGCAGCUGCAACGGCGAACGUCGAGGGCAGUCGAGUUGCACAGGAGGGCAGCCGUAGCACUCAACAGGGAGAACACGCCAGCCACACGAGCGCUCCCCCUUCGCGAGAAGGGGGGGAAAUCCCCCUCGGUGGAGCUAUUUUGGAACCUUGGAGGGUUCGAUGGGCAGAUGAGGAGGGGAAGCCUCUUUAUGAAAUAUUUGAUUCGAAUACCAAGCCAGAAUCGAACACCGCGCUGCAGAGCUCCAAGGGGCCCUCACGCGGCAUCUUGGUAAGACCCUCUCCAGAGCCGCAGUCUAUCGACUGGCAAGAGCCAUUCAAGAUAUGGGAUUUCGACGAAAAUCCGUGGACGCCCACGGAGGAUAUGCUGGAAGGCUCCGUGUCGACUUUGGAUGCAAUUCAGGAAGCCGUCUUGCCGAAGGUCGCAUUCGGGCUGGCGCUGCUGGUGCUGCUGCUCGUUGCCUUAAUAGGCCCCUUAACGGCCUCCAAGAAUGCCAAGAUAGCCGCUAGAUGACGGGAAGUGAGCUCUUCUUCCAUGCUCACUCACCUUGAUCCGGAUCGGGGUCUCUUGAACGACCCCACGGAGAUGCUCAUUCGGAUGGUGCGAGAGAGCAUCGAGAACCUUCAGUAUUUUCCGAGUAACAUUCAUGGAUUGAUCAAAUUACUUGAAGCGCAGCAGGAGGCCUUCGAAAGGUGGCACGCCGAGAAGGUCUUUUCUCAGAGGGAUGCACAUAGUGGCGAGCCGGUGUGGAUCCACGAGGGACGUAGGGAAUCCGCCGAGGAUUCGCGACUGUUCUUGCGGGCUGUGGAGAAGGUUCAAUCGGCGAUCGAUAAACUUCCGCAGGGAGGCACCUUAGACCUUGUAUUGGAGAAGGCACGCCACCUUUUCGUGUAUGGAUUGCUAGUGCAACACAAGCAGGAGCUGCACCUGGACGCUGCAAGGAAUCAAACGAUCGUGGAUCGCAUCUCGAGAAACAACGAGCUGGUGGCUCCCCUCCUGGCCAUGCAUAGGCAAGAAAUUCAGGAGAGCAUUCGCAACUACCUUGAGGCAAUGCGAGAAGCCCAGUCUCUGGAAAUAGACUCUGCCGUAGCAUCGCCAGAAGUGCUGGAAAACUUCGAAAGCUUCCUGACAACCAUCAGCUUGGAAAAGCUUAAUGCUCUAGCAGAGGCCUUGCACCAUCCCACACACAGCGCGAAUCCCAUGCGGCUGGUGGUAUCUAUCACUUCGCAGUUGAAUGCCAUCGGGGCAGUUUUGCCCAAACUGGCUACGCCGGAGGCUUCUCUACAGUCUCGAUUUUCUGAGAUGCAGGCUUCAAAUCUUCCAGAGCUUCUGGUGCUGGCUAGCACAUUAGGACACGCGUUCAGUCGUAUCAGCUCCGAGAGAGACAAGUUGGUGCAAGUGCUCGUUGCAGCGGCGGAGGAGUUUGCACUCGCUACGCGGGAAGCAGCAGUAGAGCAAUCGAAGGCACAGAAGUACGAGGACGCAAUAACCAACAGACUGGAGGCGAUAAGGGCCAUGCGCCCUCUCAUCGACAAAGCGAGAGAAUUAGCGCUCCAGGGCGUGCGGUGA